AUGAACGGCCCCAGUGGAGAUGGCUCCCCGGAGCAAUGCGCGAACGCAAAGGAGGGUGAAUCGGGGGAUCAGGAAAUGGACCCCUUGGACGAAUUCAUGAUGGAAAUAAAUAAAGUCUUGGAGGAGGAGAAGCAAAAGACGGAGUCGCGAGAAAAGGACGCAGAAGAAGCAGCCAAGUCGGCACCCCAAAAGGGUAGUAAUUUUACACGUACGGAGAAGGAACCCCUUAGGGGAAAUACCCCUAAAUGUGUAGGAAAUUACUUUGUUAGGGAAACCAAAUCUCAUGUCGAAAGAAAAAGUAAUCACACUUUGGAUAACCAUACAGAAGAGGAUGGUGGACACGAUGACGAUAGUCUGGAUGACAACGACGCCACAGCGGACAUUUAUGAAUUUUUGGAAAAAAAAAAUGAAGAAUUGGCAAGCGAGAAACGUCGCUUAGAAGCACACGCAGGAAAAGGAACCCACGACAGGAACAUGAUGAGUGAUGAUUCUCCAGAUGAUGGGGAUGGCUUCUUCCAAAACGGAAGAGAGAGCAACAAGGAAAACGAAAUAAUUGAAAAUGAUAUAAACUACGAUGAGGUGCAUCUGGACCACUUUAAUAAAGACAUCUUUGUCACAGAUAACAGCAUCACAGAUUUUACUUUGGAAGAAAGUGUCGAAUACAAAAAAAAAAAUAACAUCACAACUAUCGGAUUCAGCGUUCCGAAACCCCUUUUUUCCUUUUUGCAAUUAAAAAAUGUGAUAGACAAGGAGGUGUUGGAGAAUAUGUACAAUUUGUCCAUAAGCAUCUUGUCACCCAUUCAGAGUAUUGUUAUCCCAAUCUUUUUAAGUGGUAGGGAUUUUAUAGCCAGUAGCAGAACUGGUUCAGGAAAAACCCUCUCCUUCAUCAUAUCUUUGAUUAUCCAUUUGGUAAAUUACAAAAAAAUUGAGAAGGAAAAAAAAGGAAAAAAUUUCCACAAAGAAAGCGACCCUCCGGAAGAGGAACACACAGUGACAUCCCCACCCGGGGCAAUACCAACAUCAUUACCUUCCAAACAAGGUAAAGGUAACGCCUCAUCACAUGCUCUAAUACUAACUCCGACAAGAGAAUUGUGUGUGCAAAUAUAUGACCAAAUUAACAAACUCUGUUUGAACAAAUUAAAAUCUUGUAUCCUGUUCAACGGAAUAAAUUAUAAAAAUGCAUAUGAUGACAUUCACAAAGGAGUGGACAUUAUAAUUGCAAAUGUAAAAACGUUAAUCAAUUUUGUUAAUAAAACGUAUCUUUCCCUUACUAAAAUAAAGUAUGUCAUUUUGGACGAAUUUGACCGACUCUUUUCGAAGCAGUUUGUCCACUCUGUCACAUCCAUACUUAGGAAUAUAAGGCCGGACGCGAUGAAGGGAUUUUUUUCCUCCACCUUUUCGGAGCAAUCGUGUGAACUGGCAAAGCCCUACUUAAAUAAAAAAUUCAUCAUCAUCAAGGUGGGCGAGAACAACAUUUUAAUUGAUAAAAAAUUCUACAUUUUAGAAGACCAUGCUAAGUAUGACUGUUUACUCAAUUGUGUGCAUGCUUGCGCCCCAAGUGGCCAAGGAUUUAUUUUCUGCAAUAGCAAAAAAAAUGUGAUGACUUUAUAUGAAAAAUUGAAAAGGGAAAUCUCGCUCAGACACAUAUCGUUUGAUUACAUUUAUGGAGACAUAGACCAGACGGAGAGGCUAUACAAAUUAGAUUGCCUGAAAAAAAAGAAAACUCAAGUUAUGAUCAGCACGGACCUGAUGGCACGCGGCAUCGACAUCAUCGACUUGAACUUCGUCAUCAACUACGACUGCCCCAACGAUAUCUUCGUCUACGUGCACAGGAUAGGCAGAUGUUCCCGGAUGAACAAUCGCGGACAAGCCAUAACGUUCAUACAGCCAUCCGAAAAAAGAAUUGCUUUCCUCAUAUACAGCCACUUAAAUAACAAAAAGGAAAAAGUGGAUCAGACGCUGGAAGACUUUAUUCGCAGGAACAACCUUCAUAAUGAUGUCCAAAUGAAAAAAGUGAAAAGAAAAAUGAACGACUCCAUCUUUGAUGUGUCGCAGAAGAAGGCAAAGCAUCCCGGAGAUAACAAAUCUAUUUUGGCUGACUUUGCCUUUAAAAAAAUGUCCGCGCCAUCCAGAAGUGGUGAAGACGCUUUAAAAAAUUUGAAGGUCUUUACGCCAAAUGAUGUUUUGACAUCCUCCGAUGAGGACUACUGA